AUGGAACCAGUAUUAAAUUUGACAGAACCAAUUUAUCCAAUAGAAUCAUUGAAUACAAUGACUACUAUUCGACCUCCAACACCUUGUACACCUACAGCAUUUUCACAUCCUUAUUCAUUAUUUGAACCCAGACAUGAUUAUUAUGAAUGUUCACUUUGUCCUCCAAAGUCAACCGUACCAACUGUCAUUUCUCCUUCUUUCUUUCCAUGUGUUAAACUCACAAAUAUACCUUGGGAUGUUUCUCAAACUGAUAUCAAACAGUUUCUUGGUAACCUUCAUAUUCCUUCCAAUACCAUUUAUACUCAAGCUAUUCAUAUUCUUAUGGAUCGAACUACUGGAAAAACUUUAUCAGAUGCCUAUGUUGAACUAGCUACAAUGGAAGAUGUACGAUACGCCAUUGAAACAAAACACCAAAAACCUUUGAAAGGACGCAUCGUAUCUGUCAUACAAUGUCAACAAGAAGAACUUUUGACCGUGAUAUUCCCUAAAUGGCGUGGUAAAUUUAGUGGAACAACUGCUAUUCCUCCAGAUACUAAAGUGGUCAAAUCCAUGUCAACAGCAGCAGGUGGUGGUGGUAAUACAUGUCCUCCUUUUAUUACAAGAGAAGAAAUCAAUUCAUUAUUAGUAGUUUGUAAAAAUUACAAGUUACAUUUCUCAAGAAAAUGUGCUGAACGUCCUUUUGAAAACAUUAUUACUAUUAUUGCAAAAUAUCCAUGGCAUCAAGCUCAUCUUAUUACAACAUUACAUCGAGAUCAAGUCUAUGAAAUGUUAAAUUUGGCCAUUGAAUCGUUGAUGAAUCAUUUGACUAAGGAUUAUGUACAAAUUGAACCAAGUUUGCUUGAACGACUAGUACGCGCCGGAUUACUUUGUCCAGCAUUUACGGAACGACAAAAAAUGGCUUUACUUCAAGUAUCUGGAUUAGAAUGUCCUUUGGAUCUAGUUCAUUUGUUGAUGCGAUCUGAUUUCUCUCCAUGUGAUUAUUCCUCUGAUCCUGUGUACUAUCAUUCUCCAUUAUCCUCUCGUCAUUCUUCUUUAUAUGAUCAUUUUUCACAUCAUCAUCAUUAUCCAUUAUCCACACAUUUGAUAUCAUCUUCACCAUCAUCAUCUUCUUCAAAUUCUUCAACAUCAUCAUCAACACGACUAUCUCAUCCAUCAUUAUCUUUAUCAAAUAAGAACAAGGCUCGACAUCCUCAACUCCGGGUAAUGGUACCUCCAUUAGGUCAUCCUCACAACAAUCGUCGACUCCAUUCUACUUACUCUACGAAUCAAAAUUGCCGAAAAACCCUUUCUCCUUGGGCACCUUCUUAUCUACCUAUGGAUGACGAUAAAAUGUCUUGGCCUUCUUCUAUGACUUCUCGUGGUGUGACCUCCAGUGGCGUAGUCAAAACCUCCAAUAGUAGUAUCAUGACCAUUUAGACUUUCUCCUUUAUUGUUUGUUUUUUGUGUUUAUCGUCCUUGGUCUUCUUUUUUUUUUUUUUCUAUCUUUAUUAUUUUCUUCAUAUCCUUGAUCAUCAUCAAGUUAUUUA